AUGACCGAAAGACUCAGCUCUAUCCUCAAACACCUGACUCCUGGCUCCUCGGGACUAAAUGCCAUCACCUCCAAGAACGCCGAUGAUAUUGUGAUCACCCUCGCUAUCCGCACUCCCUUAGCCAAGGGCUUCAAGGGGGGAUUCAAGGACACCCCGCUCGAUUACAUCAUCUACUCUCUGCUGAAGAAAGUCGUCGAGAAAUCAAAUCUCGACCCCAGCCUCGUAGAGGAUAUCUGCUGUGGUAAUGUCUCAGAAGGAAAGGCAGCAUACGUCCUCCGUGCUGCAGCCCUCGCCGCCGGGUUCCCAAAUACAACCGCUGCCUCGACCGUAAAUCGUUUCUGCUCCUCCGGUCUUAAGGCCACCCAGGAUAUCGCGAACCAGAUCUCCAACGGCUCGAUCGAAAUUGGUAUUGCCAUGGGCGCAGAGUCGAUGUCCGCCGGUGGUGACCGUCUGGAGCCAUUCCAUCCCGAGAUUCUGAAGAAUCAGGAAGCGGCAGAUUGUCUGCAGCCCAUGGGACAGACGAGUGAAAAUGUUGGCAAGGAUUUCAACAUCACCCGGGAGAUGCAAGAUAGAUAUGCCGCAGAGUCAUAUAGGAGGGCCGAGAUUGCGCAGAAGGCUGGCUGGUUCGAUGACGAAAUUGUGCCCAUCGAGACGGACGUUAAGGAUCCAAAGACUGGGGAGGUGAAGAGAGUUACCCUUACAAAGGAUGAAGGCCCAAGAUGGGGUACUACGUAUGAGGGACUCAGCAAGAUCCGACCUGCAUUCCCAGCCUUCGGAGAUAAGUCUACUGGUGGCAACUCCUCUCAAGUCACUGACGGAGCUGCCGCUGUUUUGCUCAUGAAGCGUUCCAAGGCCAUCGAACUCGGCCAGCCCAUCCUCGCCAAGUUCGUCGGCGCUACCGUUGCUGGUCUCGCCCCACGAAUCAUGGGAAUUGGCCCCUCCAUUGCCAUCCCCAAGCUCCUCAACAAGUACAACAUCACCAUCGAUGACUGCGACAUCAUCGAAGUGAACGAGGCUUUUGCCUCCAUGGCCGUCUACUGCAGAGAUGUCCUGAAGCUUCCAUACGAGAAGAUGAACCCCAGAGGUGGAGCGAUUGCUCUCGGCCACCCGCUGGGAGCAACGGGUGCGCGACAGAUCGUUACGGGUCUUAGUGAGGCGAGGAGACAGAAGAAGAAGAUCCUCCUGACGAGUAUGUGUAUCGGGACGGGACAGGGUAUGGCGGGGUUGUUUGUCAACGAGCAGUUAUAA